AUGGCUGAACAAAUCACCAGCACCCCUGCGCCCGCCGCCGUCAAGGCCAGCACCGACUCCGGGAGGAAGCCGUCUGCCGUGACGCCACCGGCGUCGUCCCCAAGCCAGGCGCUGGGCCUGGGCGACGCCGACAUCUUUGGCGAGACGAGCGAGGAAAUGGACCAGGACCGGCUGAAGCAAAUCGCGGCCGCGGGCAACGCCCAUUUCCACCGGCUGGGGUGGAAGCGGCUCGCCGUCGUCACCAUUGUCGAGGCCGUGGCCCUGGGCGCCCUCAGCCUGCCGGCCGCGUACCACACGCUGGGCAUGUUUGCCGGCGUCUUCCUGACCAUCACGCUCGGCUUCCUCGCCAUCUUCACGAGCUGGCUCGUCGGCCAGGUCAAGCUCAGGUACCCCGAGACGGCCAGCUACGCCGACGCCGGCAGGCUGCUGCUGGGCCGGCUCGGCUACGAGGUCUUUGGCGCGGCCCUGGUGCUCGAGCUGGUCAUGGUGGUUGGGUCGCACGCCCUCACGGGCAGCAUCGCCCUCGGCGAUCUCGACGACGGCCGCACCUGCUCCAUUGCCUUCUCGGCCGUGUCGGCCGUCAUCCUGCUCAUCCUGGCCAUCCCGCCCUCCUUCACCGAGGUGGCCAUCCUGGGCUACAUUGACUUUGGGUCCAUUGUCGCCGCCGUCGGCAUCACCAUCAUCGCCACGGGCAUCCAGGCCCGCGACGGCCCCGGCGGCCUCGGCGGCGUCGCCUGGUCGGCCUGGCCCAAGGAGGGCGUGACCUUUUCGCAGGCCUUUGUGGCCGUGAGCAACGUCAUCUUUGCCUUUAGCUUCGCCAUCGGCCAGUUCUCCUUCAUGGACGAGAUGCACACGCCCACCGACUACAUGAAGUCCGUCUGGGCCUCGGGCCUGAUCCAGAUUGCCAUCUACACCCUCACCGGCGCCCUGUGCUACGCCUUCAUCGGCCCCUCUGUCCAGUCGCCCGCCCUCCUGUCGGCCGGGCCGCUCAUCUCCAAGAUUGCCUUUGGCGUCGCCCUGCCCGUCAUCUUCAUCUCGGGCUCCAUCAACUCCACCGUCGCCCUUCGCUACAUCCACGGCCGCAUGUUCAAGAACUCGGUCCUGCGCUACAUCAAGACCCCGGGCGGGUGGGCGUCGUGGAUCGGCCUCGUCGUCGUCUUCACCCUCGCCGCCUGGGUCAUUGCCGAGGCCAUUCCCAUCUUUUCCGACCUGCUCUCCCUGGCGUCGGCGCUUUUUGUCUCGGGCUUCUCCUUCUGGAUCCCCGCCAUCAUGUGGUUCAAGCUGCUCUGCAGGGGAAAGUGGUACUCCGGGCGGAACCUGCUCAUCAGCCUCGGCAGCAUCGUGGCAUUCAUCGUUGGCGCCGUGACGCUUGUCGCCGGCACCUAUUCCACCAUUGUUGAUAUUGUAAGUCUGGGAAACCCGCUCGUCUUUUAUUGCGCCCUUGUUCGGUGA